GUUCCCGUGUCCUUCGCUGGAGACGCCUUUCACAGUGAACGUCAAUUUGCUUCGUGCCCGGCAUAUUUUCUCCGGGAAAACAGGGUAGGGAUGCAUGCACCAAAAUGCUCAGCGGACACUGCAGAAAAUCCCGUCACCCGUCAACCUGCUCAUUGGAGCAGCUGGGCCUAUCUCGCCUGCCAUCUUUGAGAUUGCGGCCUUUCCGAACCGGUCUGGUUGGGCCAGCUGAGCGUCUUGUGCUUCUUGUGAAGGAUGCCUGUGACCAUGGCUAUGCGCUGUACCUCCUCGUAGCAUUCCAAUAUGUCCGCAUGUUCACUCUUUCUGAACCAAUGCUGAUGUCAGCCUGCUCGAGGGCAGGAUGUUGUGUGCCCUGUCUGUACCAAUCGAAGCGAUGUCAUUUGUGCCGUGGAUGACUCUGUCGGAUUGUUCGUUUCCGGUCUGUCAAGAGUCCAGUCUUUGGACAUGUAGGUUUCAGAUAUUCGGUGGUUUGAUUGCAAUUGAGGGUCGUAUUCUUUGCAAGGACCGUGGUCCCAAGGAUUCAUUUGACAAAGCCAACUACAUUGGCGCAGCGCUUGCAGUAGUACGAAUUCAUGCCGAACCUGACAGCGCCGCUUUGACGCAUUGGGAGGGAAGGAUCUAUCGUCAGGGAUCGUUGGCAACGAGAACAUCGCACGAUAUCGAGUGAUGAUUUAGGAGAGGCGGAGGCGCUGGAGGAAGCAGUGCUGCUGUUAUCGUGGCUCUUGCCGGAACUGGAGCCUUGAACGAUACGAAUGGGUUCUGUACCGGUGGCCGCCCGGGUCUGAAGCUGUAGGAUGGAGGGCGUGGAGGCCAUAGUGCCAGUAUGUUGAUAUAGCAGGUAGUCAAGGUGCAUCUAGUAUGAGAGGAUGUCUGUCUCACAGCCUCCAAGAGAGACAAAACUAAGAAGACAAUGGGGGGUGGGAGACGUAAAUACUACCUAGGAGACGGUACGACAGCGAUCAAAAUAGUAAGCAGGAGAAACACAUGCGGCGUCUAUAGCGACACUGGCAGGGGAUAAAUGUUG